UAAUCCCAGCUACUUAGGAGGCUGAAGGAGAAUCGCUUGAGCAAUCUCCAUCUCAAAAAAAAAAAAAAAAAAAGUCUGCUAUCAAGAACUGACUUUGAUGUCAGUGGCUGCUUUUCUCAGUUCCCCCUGUAUGUAAUGUUUCUUGCCCCCGCUCUCAACUUUGCUUUCUUUUUUGAGCUUCAGUAUUGCUCAGCUACUGAAUUUCUACAAACUCACAGUCCUCCAGUAGCUAUUUUUGUCAGGCCGAUGGAGUCAAGGGUAGCUUAGUAUUCAGCCAAAGAUUCGAAGGGUUACCUGUAUAGUUUCUGGAACACCCUCCAAAAUUUGCCCUGCAAAUUCCUGCCCUCUCAGCAGCCCUGAGCUCCAAUCUUUGUUUAUUCUAUUCACCUGUUCUUUCUUUAGGCUCCUACUUGUCUAUGCUACAAUUUGCAGUGUCCUGAGCCAGACAUGAGAAUGAAAGGGGAGCUCAACUCAUCAGUUUUUCUUCUCACAAGUAUCAUAGCCCUGUCCUGUUUGUAGACCAAUGCCUGAAAACAGUUGUUUCAUACAUUGUGUCCACUUUCAGCUUGGCUUACAGUGCAAUCUAAGUUCUGUAGCCACUAUUUUGUCUUGGCUAGAACUGGAAAUUGUACUAAUCUUUUUGUUGGCAGAAUAGAAUUUGUUUCUUAGAAUUUUUAUUUACAAUAAUGCUAUUUAAAAAGCAUUUCACUAAUUCCACCUUUUAGACACAAUGAAACAACUUCUGAUGCUUCUUAAAAAAAUUUGAGAUGCUUAAAAAUUAAGUAAAUUCUAAAUUUUCCACUAUAAAAAGUGAGUCUUCUUUUUAAGUUCAUAAAUAAAAGGUUGUAAAAGCCACAAAUAGGGAGAAGAAGAUCAGAAGUAAAAAUAAUACUUGAAGAGCCAAAAGGUAUAAAAUUACCCCUCAAUCAGUUUUAUUCACUUUUCAUCCAUUUAUUCAUUCAUCCAACAGAUAUUUAUUGAAUGCUGAGUGUUAUAGGAAAAUAUGAGAGAAAUACAUACAAGUACAUAAAUAAUUUAAAAGCAUUAUGGAAUAAAUUCCACUAGAGGGCCAAUUACCCCAUUGGCACUCUUUGAAGCUGUCGAGGUUAUCAAAAACAAGGAGAGAGAAACUAUCAUAGCCAAGAGGAGCCUAAGGAAAUGUGAUGACUAAAUAGAAUGUGCUAUUUCAGCUGGGAUCCUGAAACAAAAAAAGGAUACUAGUUAAAAACUAAGAAACUCUGAAUAAAAUGUGGACUUUAGUGAAUAAUAAUGUAGCAAUUAUUAUUCAUUAAUUAUAACAAAUGUACCAUAAUAAUGUGAAGUGUUAGCAAUAGGGGACACUAAGUGUGGGGAUAUACCAGAGUCUUUGUGUUAUUGUCUCAAAUUUUCUGAAAACCUAUAACUGCUUUAAAAAAUAAAGUCCAUUGAAAUAACAAUACGAAAAUACAGUAAUUUCAAUGAAGUCCAAAGGAGUGGCUCCCAAAAUAAAUAUUUAAGAAUUAUUUAUUUUUAUAGUGGUACUAACUUUGACAUAAAUGUUAUAAGCACUGUUUUUCUUUUUUAAAAUUUCAGCAUGGAUAGUGAUGGGUCAAUGACAGUAGACUGGGAUGAAUGGAAGUACUACUUUUUACUUCAUCCUGCAACAAAUAUCACUGAAGUUAUUCAUUUCUGGAAGCGUUCUACUUAUAAGAAAUUGCUUAGUUUUGAUGGUGCUCAUUUAGGAAUUUUUGAAAGAUUUAUAUCUGGAUCAUUGGCUGGUGUAACUGCCCAGACCUGUAUUUACCCCAUGGAGGUAUUAAAGACCAGACUGGCUAUAGGUAAGACUGGAGAGUAUUCAGGGAUUAUUGACUGUGGCAAGAAGCUUCUAAAACAAGAAGGUGUCAGAUCCUUUUUCAAAGGUUAUGCUCCUAACUUGCUAGGCAUUGUACCUUAUGCAGGUAUAGAUUUUGCUGUUUAUGAGGUGAGUUUAUUCUCAUAAUACGACAUUAUAUGUUAGAUUUGAAAAUAUGGCAUAAGUUUUUAUUGUAGAAAUAUGGUUAUAAAUGACUUUUCAUUAAAGUAACUUCAGUCUAAGAGUGAAUUAAAUGGUUUUAUUUGACUUUUCAACUUAUAUGUUACAUAUUUGGUAUUCUAGUAAUAAGUUUUUGUUUGGUGUUUUUUUCAUGAAUCAAUUUUUGUUAACAAUAAUUUUAAGUUCUGAUAAAAUUUUGGUUCUAAAUCCUGGAUGCAUAUCAGAAUCACCUACCUGUGGAUCUUUAAAAAAAUAGGAUUAUCGGGCCAUAUCCUGAGAUAUUCUCAUUUAAUUAUCCCCAGGAGGCCAGGCGCAGUGGCUCAUGCCUAUGAUUCUAGCACUUUGGGAUGCUGAGGGGGUUGGAUCCCUUGAGCCCAGGAGUUCGAGACCAGCCUUGGCAGGAUAGUGAAACCCCAUCUCAACCAAAAAUACAAAAAUUGGCCAGUCUUAUAACUUGGUCUCAAAAUAAGUGAAUAAAUAGAUUUAAAAGGAUAUUAAAAAUAUCCUGAGGACAGGCCGAGGAUUCAGAUUUUUUAACUGCCCAGAAGAAUCUGUUGUAUAAGUAAGAUUAUGAAAGUUGAGAUAUUAUCACACACUUGUAAAAAUGAGAAUGGAGGACAGGAGUAAUUGUGGCUUAAGAAAGAAAGGCAGGAUGAAGGUAGGACAAAAAGGCUGAUAGUGUAACGCACAGGCAAGAUGCCCACUUAUUCCCCUUUCAGCUGAUCAUUUCAUUUCCAUGGUCAUACAUCUGUUUCAGGAAGAACAUCUUAGCAAUAUACAUACCAUUUCAUCAUAAGAACCAGGUGAGAGUGUGUGAUUAGAAUAAAUUCAUUCUCAAUGCAGGAAGAACAGUUCUCUAGAUACAAGCCCAGUGGUAUUUUUGGCAAGUAGUGUCACCAUCAUGUGAAAGACAGAUAACUUACUUUAGCACUUUUAAAAGUACACUUAUAUUUUUGUAGAUGUUUAGAGUAUUGAAUAUUAUAGCAUGUGUUUAUUUUCCUUUUUGUUUUCUUGUAUCUAUGAUCUUAUUACAAUAAAUUUGUUGCUGGUGUUUAUGUUGGACUGUCUUCAUUCUUUGAUUUCUACAGGUCAGUAUCUUCUUCUUUAUACAUUUGCCAGAUGCCAUUACAUAUUUCUCUUUGUAUUGUUACAUGACUGUAAUAAGUGCAUUCUGAGUAAAGACAUUUCAAAAUUUAUUUUUUCAAAAGCAUCCAAGUGUACAUCAUUGCAGUGAAUAAUGGUAAAGUUAUAGUCCUUUAAUAAAUGUACAGUUCUGAAAGCACUUAGUGAUAUUUUAAACUCACUAUUUCUUAAUUUCUUCCAGUCACU